AUGGACAAGAUCUCAAUCACCAUCUGUGGAGAUGGCGGAUGCGGCAAAUCGUCCAUCACCCUGCGGCUGGUCCGCAGUCAAUGGAUUCAUGAAUAUGACCCAACAAUUGAGGACUCGUACUCGGUCACCCGCAAUGUCGACGGUCUCCCCUAUUUCCUCUCCAUCACCGAUACAGCCGGUCAGGAGGAAUACCGCGGCCUCUGGACGGCCUCUACGCUGAAAUCCGAUGCAUUCCUCCUGGUCUACGAUAUCACCAAUCCAUCCAGUCUCGAUACACUGGAUCAUUUCAUGGACAUGAUCAAUAUGGAGACAGAGCAGCGCGUGGAGGACAACGAGCGAUUGCGUAAAGAACUCCGGCGCCAGGAUCCAGGUAUCCAAAUUGGCAUGCCACUGCCGGUCAAGAUUCUCGCGGGCAACAAAUGCGAUCUGAAAGAUGAUCGCGCGGUGACCUCACGCGACGGGCUCGAGUAUGCGCGCAAACACGGAUGCGGAUUCAUGGAGACCAGCGCGCGCGACAUGGUCAACAUCGAGGAGACAUUUUCCCAUCUGGUUCGUCGCGUUGUCGAAGCCCGUCGAGUUCAUGGUCAACUAGAUACACCACAGCCUCCCCAGUGCGCAGAGCCAACCCCUACGACAGCGUUACCGCCGACCACUGUAGAUGCCGCGGCCGAGGGUCGAACCCGAAGUCGUAUUUGGCGAUUCCUCAAGGGUCGGAAGACAACGGAACCACAUGAAGCCCAGGAACUUAAUAAAACGGCAGCAGAAAAAAAACAAAGAAAGCGUUGUCUCUGUUGUUUCCGGUAG